ACGGUUUGCUCGAUUUAAGCUAUAUAUAUACACGUAGUAUUCAUAAGUCCAUAUAUCAUCCGCAGUAUAUAUAUGGGUUCAACGGCGGCCAGAGACGGGGUGGAGAGGUGGAGCAGGGAUAUGCCCCCAGCCCACUUCUUCUUCAAGAUACGAUCAUUCUCUCUACUCUCUGAAACUGGUGUUGACAAAAUUGAAUCUGGUGUUUUUGAGGCUUGCGAUAUAAAAUGGAGACUUUGUGUUGUUUAUCCAAAGGGGAAGUUGAGGGCAAAAGGUGAGGAUGAAGAGCAUAUCUCCCUCUACUUGCAAAUUGUCGAUAAUAAGUUUCCGGCAGGAUGGGAGGUGCACGCGAAGUUUAGCCUCUUUGUUUAUGACCAUGUCAACGAUAAAUACUUGACCAUUCAAGAUGCUGGUGGAAAAACAAGGCGGUUCCAUUGCAUGAAAACGGAAUAUGGUUUUGAUAAGUUGUUUCCCUUGUCUACUUUCAAUGAUCCCUCUAACGGAUAUCUGGUCAAUGACACGUGUGCUUUUGGAGCUGAGAUUCUCUCCGUUUCAAGUGCUACAAAACAUGAAUGCUAUUCUUUGGUGAAGGCACCAAUUAAGAAUGGAACUUACACAUGGACAAUCAAAAGCUUCCUCACAUUAAAAAAGCGUGAGACUUACACUCGCUCUAAUGAGUUCAUCGUCGAAGGAAGCAAAUGGAAAUUGUUACUGUAUCCAAGUGGAGAUUCAAGAGCAAAUGGCCAAUAUUUGUCCCUUUUUCUAGAGUUGCUGGGUGUUGAAGGCCUUAUCGCACAUGGUAGAAAAAUAUAUGCCAAAUUUAUUUUGCGAAUUUGUAAUCAUUUGGUCAUCCUCAAACAUAAAGAAAUAGAAGUGGCUAAAUUCUUUGGUGAUGAAGCUGGCAGCUGGGGCCAUCCCAAAUUUAUGAAACUUAGCGAAUUGGAAAGUUCGUCGAAUGGGUUCCUUGUUAAAGAUUCACUCAUUGUUGAAGUUGAAUUCAAGCUCAUAUCUAAAUAUUCAUAGAUUAUAUGCAUUUCAUCGAUGUUUUAAAAAGUGUAAGUCGUAUCCAAGCGGCACACCAAAACCAUAAGCCUUUGAAGGCGUGACGUAGAAGUGAAUAAACGUUUUGAUUUAUU